UACUAGACGUGGAGUCUUUCCAGGACGGUGGAGAAUGGGAUGUGGGAUCGAUCCUUUUGCCGUGAUUUCCGCUGGAUGGGUUUGGUGUCGUUAUAAUAUGGUCGUCUCGUCCAAUUUCAUCUCAUCUCAUCUCAUCUUUCAAUCCAUAUCAGGUCGCGUCCUUGGAUCGAGUGGCAACCCUGAAGAAAUCUGUGCCGCUGGGUCGACAUAAAAUACUAGUACCAUUGUCUAUCAUCUUGGCUUUCUAUAUUCGGAGAGGUCUUGAAUUCGCCAUAUAAAAUCCAUUUAUCCAUCACUCCAGUAUAGUCAAUUGACAGUGCUUCAUCAUGGAUGUAUCACAGGCAAAAACGCCUCUGGAGGUGAUUGUUGUUGGUGCCGGUAUCGGUGGAAUGGCCGCAGCUCUGACAUUGGGCUCGCGAGGACAUCAUGUCACGAUUCUUGAAUCAGCGCCCAAGCUUUUGGAAGUCGGUGCCGGUAUCCAGGUGUCUCCGAAUAUGCUGAGAAUCUUCGACAAAUGGGGAAUCUCGGACUUAAUCCACGCCAAAGACGUACCUCUAGAACACAUCCACGUCAGAAGAUGGCAAGACGGAAGCCUCCUCGGCACCGUCCCUGUAAACAAAACAUACGGCCAACAAGUCGUCAUCCACCGCGCAGAUCUGCACAAUGCCCUAAUCGACCGAGCGCUUGAACUCCCCAACGUCGAACUGCGCGUGAACUCAACCGUCACAGACGUCCAAUUCACUCCGGCAGCAGUGACCCUCGCCAACGGCAGCAUCGUCCACGCAGACAUCGUCAUCGCCGCCGACGGCAUCAAAUCCGUUCUCCGGGGCCACCUCCUCGAAGAUACAUCCACCAAGGCCAUCCCAACGGGCGACGCAGCAUACCGCAUCAUGCUGCCCCGGAGCAAGCUCGAGAAUGAUCCCGAUCUGAAAGACCUCAUCACGGAACCCCAGGCGACCCGCUGGAUCGGGCCCUCGCGUCACAUCAUCGCUUACCCGGUGCGUAAUCACGAACUGUACAAUGUCGUCCUGCUCCAUCCCGAUAGUCACGGCGUCGAGGAAUCAUGGACAACAAAGGGCUCCAAGAAGGCUAUGAUCGACAACUAUAAGGGCUGGGAUAAGCGCGUGACCAAGCUCAUCGAUAUGGUCGCCGAAGACGAAGUCCUCGAGUGGAAACUAUGUCUGCAUCCUCCCCUCAAAACCUGGAUCAGAGGCUCCGUUGCUUUGCUCGGUGAUGCCUGCCAUCCAAUGCUCCCCUACGUCGCCCAAGGCGCCGCCCAAGCCGUCGAAGACGCAGCCGCCCUCGGGGUCCUCCUCUCAACCAUAACCUCACGCACCGAAAUCCCCCUCGCCCUGCAAGCGUACGAAAAAUCACGCAAAAAGCGCGCGGAAACAGUGCAGCAGUCCGGCUCAGAGAACAGGAUCACCCUGCACCUACCCGACGGGCCGGGGCAGAUCGCCCGCGACGCGCAGUUCCGCGCUUCGAUGACUGGGGGUGCGAAUCCGGAUAAGUGGUCGGAUCGGGAGACGCAGAGGUUCUUGUGGGGGUGGGAUGCUGAGGAGAAGGCUUUGGAGGUGUGGAAUGAGGUUUCUGGAAAGGGGUUCAAGGUCAAUGCCAGGUUGUAGGAGUUGUGGUUUGCUCUGUUGGUUUAUCGUGGGAGAUGAGGGUGGUCAAGCAACUAUUUGGGGAAAGAAAAGUACCCCUCGUGGUCAUUUGAAGCAGUUUUCUUGGUUCAGCGAUGUCUAUAAUUAUCUCCACGCAUUAUUGUAAAUAGUUUCAAGUGCAUCUGCACAUGUAC